AUGGAGCGGCCAGGCCUCUGCGCCCUCCCGGACUCGCUCCUACUCCGGAUUCUGGAGUGCCUGCCGCCGCGCGAGCGGCUGGGCGGGGCCCGGUGGGUGUUUCCUUCCCUUCUCCCGACUUCAUGGUUUCCUCCCCCCCCCACUUCCACAGAGUGGUUCGGUCCAUCCUGCGGCUGCCGCUCUCCCUCCCUCCUCUCGAGCCGCUUCCUGGCCAGGGCGGGGCUGCAAUGCCCAGGCUCGCCUGCAGGGGCGUUGUGGUUGGACCGCUGGAGCUAGGAAGGGGCGGGGCCGCGAGGGCCAUCUAGUCCAACGCCCUGCAAGGCAGGAAUCGAACCCACGACCCGCAGAUUAAGUCUCGUGCUCUGCCCGGUGAGCUGUUCACAUUAUGCCAUCAUUAUCGAAUGUGAAAUUAUCGGAGGCGGUUAUUCAUGUGUUUAUUCCCCCCCCCCAUUCCCAUUUUACUUUAAAAGUUUAUAUACUUCAUAUUUUGCAAAAGAAACUCAAAAUGGCUAACGGUUCCAAAAAACACACAACGUUAAGAUCAAUCCCAUUUCUAGCCCCAGCCAUACCCAAAAUAUCAGUGAAAAAAAUCUCUAUAAACUAAAUUACUCUAUUAACUUCAGUUUAAUACACACUUUUUACCUUCUGCCUGCUCAGCUCCAAGCCUCCUCCUCAACCUGCUUCAGCCUUUCUCCCUUAUCACACAGCUGUUCUCCUCUCAAGGCCACGUCAGAGCAAAGAGGAGUCCAAGCAGCAGUCAUCUUCUGUACAGAUUCCAGGAAAGUUAAUUCCAGGCAAUGUAAUUAUUCAAGCAGUAUGGUUGCCCUCCUGCUUGGUUCUGUGCCAUUUGGCUAGGCUUGCCAUAUGUCCGGAAUUUCCUGGAUAUAGCUGGCAAUCAGAAACAGCUGGAAACAGCAUCCAGGUGGAAAUCGUUGAAACAUCUGGGACAAUGUGUGUGUAUGGCAACCCAUGUCAGCAGUGUUGUUUUUGGUGAUUUCCCUUAAAAUUAGUUCAAAAACUUACAGUUUGUUCAAUUGUUUGAGAUUUGGGCAAAACCUAAAAAGCCCAACAACUUUUCUGUCCCAAUUUUCACUUUUUGAAAUAUGGCAACUCUAGGUAUGGCAGGAUGCCAGAUGAUCAAACUGGCUGUUUCAUCUCAGGCCCAUGACAAUGACUCAGCUAUUCUCAUCUUUCUGCAGAGUUUGCAGACGAUGGCGUCGCUUGGUGCGGGACAAAUUGCUGUGGAGAUACUUGGACCUAACUCCUUACAAGGUAAAAAUGCCUGCCCGCCGUCUUAAACUAGUUGCUGGGUAGUUGUGGCAACAGGCCUGGGUAGGUAGGCGCAUAGGGAGCUGCCCUACACCAAGUCAGAGAAGAGGCCCACCUAGCCAAGUACUAUGUACAGUCAUACCUCAUGUUAUCUCCGCUUCAUGUUAUGUUCUUUCUGGAUACGUCCCACGGCGACCCAGAAGUACCAGAAAGGGUUACUUCCGGGUUUCGCCGCUCGCGCAUGCACAGACGCGCAAAAUGAUGUCACGUGCAUGCGCAGAAGCGGUGAAUCUCAACCCGCGCGUGCGCAGACGCGGGUUGCGUUCUUUUCAUGUUGCAAACGGGCGUCCAGAACGGAUCCUGUUUGCAACCAGAGGUACCACUGUACAAUGAUUGGCUGCAGCUUUCCAGGGUUUCCACCUGGAGAUGCCAGGAAUGGAAACUGGGACCUUCUGCAGGCAAAGCAAGUGUUCUGCCACUGACCUCUGGCCCUUCCCCCAUGUGAGGAGCAGGCUAUGCCAGAUCAGAGUCAGUGCGAAAACGCUAGAGGAUGACUUUAGCCAGAUAUCCAGUAUCCUGGAGCAAAAUGAUCCAGCGGACAGCAGGCAUGAGACUUUCUGGCAACCUGUAUAAAUUAUGCAAAUUAAAGUAAUGUACUUAAUGUACAAAAUUCUGUAAAUUUAAUACACUAUUUUGUACAAUUUAUUUUAGGUUUAUUAGUCAGGGGAGGAUGAGGGCAGGCUCUGUCCUUAGUCACUGGAAUCUUAGGCUAUAAUCCUAAAAUUUCUAAGAAGUCAGCCUCAUUGAGCAUAGUGAGAUUUGCUUCUGAGGUCCCACCCCCUUCUCCCUGCAUGCAUCUAAAUUAAAAUGAAACAUUUCCAUCCCUUUCCUGAGUUCCCAAACAGCAAAUGAAACAACAUUUUGGAAACUUCAACAUUUUGCCAGUACAUUUGACAUCCACACUAUAAAGCACAUGGCUUCCUCCUAAAGAACCAUGGAAACUGUAGUUUACCCUGCACAGAACCAUAAUUCCAAACACCGUUAACAAACUCUAGUUCCUGGGAUUUCGGGGGUACGGGAAACUUUAAAUAUGCAGUGUGGAUGUGACAUUAGGAAAUUGGCUGCAAACUGUGCAUGUUCCGCCAUCUGUUGCCCUUUAUGUUCCCCCAAGGUGCAAGUCCCACAGAGUUGCAUGGGCCUGUCUCCAGCCUUGCAGCCUUGCGUUAGUUGGUCUGGCAGUGAUUUGGCAGUUGUAGUGCUCUCUUCCUCGUGUGCCCAUGUGGCUUUUGAUGUGCAUGCAAACUUCACUUCCCCGUACUUAGAUGUCCUCCAAGGCCCUAUGGCACUUGCUGCGGAACAAUCUUCGAGGCAGCCUGCGGACGCUGAAGGCACGGGGAUCCCUCCACUCCAUUCGCAAGCAAGAAGUUUUUACCCCAGCACUAAUGCAGGCCUUGGGCAGGCAAUGCCCCAAUCUCCACCGCCUGUGCCUGACAGAGACAGACCUUCGCUCACUCUCCUAUGAUUGCAUCCCUUCCUCUGUCACGACCCUGGAACUGAGCUCCUGUGAGAUCCCUUCUCUGUGGUUCAAAGUGUCUGAAGCCUCGAAGACCUGCCCUGCCUUUCCACAGAUUCAGCACCUUGUAAUCCAGAAUGUCCCUGCCUUCUCCAGCCAGCACCUGCUGAACAUCUCCAUCCAGGGCAAUCUCAAGACUCUGGUCCUGUCCGAGGCAUACCGGAUAACUGUUGAAGGUUUCCAGGCAGCAGCACCACACCUGGGAGGCCUAGAGCACCUCACCCUGCGCCGCUGUAGCAUUGGCAAUUUACUCACACAUGUCAUUGCGUUCCACAUGAGGCACCUGCAAAGUUUGGACCUCGGGGACAAUCCUUCUCUGGAAAACAGAGGUCUUCCUUGUUUAAGCAGCUUGCUAGACUUGGAGGACCUCUGCCUGGAGUCCUGCUGCAAGCUUUCCUCAGAAGCCAUUGUGGCCGUUUGCCAGAAAUUGCCCCGGCUCAGACAUCUUGAUAUAAGGGGGUUAGAGUUCCAAGACCAGGUCAUCCACAAAAUCCAGGCGGAUUUGCCAGGCUGUGUUGUGACAAGUGCUGUCUCCCUUGGAGAUUCCAGUGUGGUGUCUACACCGUGA